AUGGCACUUUUGGACCAGGUGGCCGAGGAUCUACGCCGCAAUCCGGAUAUCUCGUGGAUGGAAGGCAAAGGUGACCGUGCAUUAGAAAGACUUCGAAGGGCUGUUGUCAAGACCCUCGAAUCCACGUCUGGCGGUUCCGACGCCCAGUUCAAAGAUGUCUCUGAAAUCUCUUCUCUUCUCGAGCUGAUUGUGAAUGUUCUGGAGCAGAUCAUCAAGGUGAAACCGUCAAAAAACACCCUGACACAGGCGCUCGAGACACUGUUUGUAUUGUCACGGUCCCGGUUGGACGUCUCAAACAUCAGAACCUAUGUCCCUGCGCACAGCUAUCUGGUGCGAGCGGCAGCACUAGUCGAACUAGGUAAAGACGGUGUCACUGGCUUUGACGAAGCAAACUUUACACGCUGCGUAUCUGGGGCUUUUCAUAACGCUGGCGGAACCUUGUAUCAAUCCGAACGGCAUGCUUCUGCCAUCAGCUUUUUCAAGGAUGGUUGCGAACUUGGUUCAAAGGCUUUGAGCCUCCAAUCACGCCCUGGAUCUGAAGGAGACGACAAGGAAGGUGGAUGGAUCCAAUUGAAUAACCAGUUGUAUCGACGCUGGCAGCUGCUGGGUCUCUGCUAUGCAAAAAUCGGUGACAGAAAGCCUGCUCACGAAGCAUUUGUGCAAUGCAUAAAGGUCUUUCCCUACCAAGUGUCAGACUUCGUGCAGCGUUCUGGAAAUUCUAGCCUUAGCGCUCUCUUCGAUUGUUCGCCUGCCGUCAAGGAACUGUGCAGCAUAGUGGACAAGGUCACCUACCAAGGCGUAUGUGAUCUGAUGUUGUUCCAUCCCGAUAUAUCCCUACGAUUUGCCGGGCUCGAUAAUCCAAGCGUCGUUGGGGCACUUCUAGAACGACAACUGGGAUGUUUGGAGCCACAUCUUGUCAAGAAAUCCGUCCAGGCGGUAAUGGCGGGAUUGUUGAAGGAUGCAACGGAACUUUACACUUGUGCAGGCAUGCCUUUACGGCGUGCCAGGGUCCUUAUCCAGUGUUUGAUAUUCGCCUAUCAUUGCGGGCUAGAUAUAAUCAGUCAAAUCGGAACGCCUGACGCCAUUGUUGUUGACAUCCUGGCUCUUCACUCAGCUACAGACGCGGGACUUGCAGCAUAUUCUUCGCAGUAUCGUGCUCUGGCUCACAUCUGGCAAGCGAUGCAUGCACAUCGUCGUGCUGAUACACAGCAGAUGGCGCUAAUUAUCGAAGGCUCAAAUGCUGCUUGCGAGAUUUUACGAUCUUAUUUGCAAUCAGGAGCUGACGCUAAGGAAGCUGAGAAACCGGCGUCUAGUACGAGAAGAACAACAGCUAAGAAGACACCGGCAAAGACACCCACUACACCUAAGCCUCGUCAGCGCAAGGAUGUACCAAUCAACACGGCCACGCCUGCUCAGACAGCUACCCGAUCCUCCACUGCUAAUGUCGUGUUCGAAGACGCAGGGAAACUUUUGGAUACUCUUCGUAAUCGUUUGGUUCACAUUCUUGGCGUGCUAUCCCUUUUGAUACCCAGAGUCAAUGCCUUGGACAUCAUGCGAAGAAUUUCCGAAUGUUCCGGGGGUUGCUCAAGCGAUCGUUAUGUAUGGGCUUCAGCACAGCUAGCUCAUGAUUUUGUAAGCCUUGGGAAAAUGAAAAGAGCAAACAAAAUCUUCAGUCAACUAUCUCCGACGGUGCAAGCUGGACAGGUGUCUUUCGAUGUAGCGAUUACAUUUCUCCUCCGCUUUGCAGAAUCUAGAGUUAUACUCGAUGAUAUAGCACAGAGGCGUAUCGUUCGUAUAGAAAAGACGGCUAUGGCUUUUCAUGUACACUCACUUAUCCAAUCUUGUAAAGACGACACCGCGUCCUAUCUUGAUGGUCUUCUUCAAUCCCUGAGGCAGUGGAAUCGUGCUUUCGAUGCCCUCUCACCAAAGAAAGAGUUCUCACGCCGAGAAGCUAUGAAUGAGUUGGGCUGGCGUAUAUCAGAGGGUUUAAUGUUGACACUGUUUGCCCUAUGUGAUGGGUAUGCAAUUCAAGGCUCGGCUCGUGAAGCAGAAUUCUUCGCGCAACAGGCGGAAGAUCUUGCCCAGGCUUUGAAUGCUCCUGCUAUGAUGGCACGAGCUUUGAUUCGGAAAGCAGAAUUGCAGGUUGCAUCAGGAAAAACUCGAGGAAGGCCGAGAGAGUCUGGCGGCAGCUCUUCAGCUGAUUCAAGUCGAUGCGGAUAUCGACUAUCAAAUGGCGGCACAGAUUUGGAGCGGCUCGACAAGACUUUCGGACUCUUCGAUGGCCUAGUAUUCGGAUCCACAGGCACAGAGCUGAUGGUGCCUGGACUGCUUACGAAACUCUUACGAAACCGAAUCUGGCACCUCCGUGACGACAAUGGGGAGCAGUCUACCGAACUACUGGAGAUGUUUAUGUGUUUGUCAUAUAACUCUCAAACCAAGGCGGAAGAAAACAGUUUAAUUGCGAAACUGACGCUCCAUGGUGUUUAUAAGCGUUUUCGCGCUGAUAUGUUCUUGAGUUCUCUUACAGAAUCCACAAUAGCCCUGCCGUUAGGAACGGCGGGUGCGGAUACGCCCACAUUGUCAGGGACAUCACUAGAGAUCACUCGAAGUCUGGAAACAGCAGCUCGACUGUUUUGCGAUAACUUGAAGCUCACGGCGCAUAAUGGCAAUGUGUCGCAUGUCCGCGAAGCAGCUAUCAAGUUAGCGCUCAUCAGAGCCUUCCAAACAUCCUUAGGAAAAUCAGGAGCGGACGGACCCCUUCUUGUCGCUAGUCUUCUAGACGCUUCCUCUGCUAUAACGCUUCGACGCGAGAUGUACGAGGCCAUCCUUCACAAGUUUCCAACCGCGGUUUCCUUGGAUGAUUGUCGGUGGCCGCUCGCGUCUGCAUCAAGAACUUCCCAGAACAGUAGCAAGCCCAUUCUCUGGCGACCUCGAACCAGUGACGCGUCCGACGAUGAAACAGACGCGGCGGAAUCAUCACUCAAGGACUAUUGGAAUCGUGUACAACAACGGUAUCGAUCUCGACCCGUUGAUAUUCCAACUUUGUCAACGUGCCAAAUGGCGUCACUUCCAGUCACUUGGUCGGUCGUACACAUGUGCGUCACCGAGGACAAAAGCACGCUGUUCGUCACUCGACAGUAUGGGGGGGACGUUCGUGAUAGAGACUUGGUCUUCUGUGUUCCAUUGAAGGGCCGGCGAGAUGGUGAAGGGGACGAGGGGCAUCUGACGUUCGAGGAUGCAAUUACUGAAUUCCAGGACAUAAUACGAUCAAGCAACCAGACAACGAAAGCAGCCGUCAAUAUUAAGCCCAAUGACGAUGAUGCGAAGUCUAAAUGGUGGAAAGAGCGUGCUUCGUUGGACACCAGGUUGCGAGAACUGCUGCAGAACAUCGAGUUCUGCUGGUUGGGGGCUUUCAAGACUAUUCUCAGCCCGCGUCCACAACUUUCCGCUGAGGAGAUUACACAUUUGCGCUCUUUGUUCGAUAAAGCCUUUCAGCGAGGACUGCACCUCCAAGACAAGAAGACCAAGCAAAAAGCAAUAGGUCACCGAAAGAUCGCUUCCGAUUACCAAACACCUAAUCGGGUUACCCUCGAUGAUACACUCAUGGAAUGUUUUUCUACCUUGUCUCCUCAAUGCCAGGACGAGGAACUAGAAGAUCUCGUUUACUUCAUGCUCGAUCUGUACCAAUUUCACGGUGUUUCCGUGGCCAUCGCCGAGAUUGAUGUGACACAAGUGGUCAUCGACUUACGCUCAGCAUUGGAGGACCAUGUUUCCCGGAGGACUAGAAAAGCACGUAACGUCCCACAGCCGGACGAACACAUAUUCUUGGUCUUGGACAAGGACAUCCAGGGUUUGCCCUGGGAAAAUAUUCCUAUCUUGCGAGGCCGAAGUAUCAGUCGCAUUCCCAGCGUCGAGUUCCUUCUGGAUAGAGUUGAAUUCUCACGUUGGCAACAGAAGGCACGAUGCAGAUCGGGUGUCGACUCGGAUGUGGACAGAGCAUUUGUGGAUCCUCGAAAAGGGUAUUAUGUGCUCAACCCAAGCGGCGAUCUCAGCCGCACGGAAGGGAGGUUUAAGCAGUGGGCGGAGGACAUGGAAUCUGUCGGUUGGCAGGGAAUUAUUGGACGGCCACCCAGUGAGCAGCAAUUCCUGAACGCUCUGCAAGACAAGGAUCUUGUUGUGUAUUUCGGUCAUGGGGGUGGAGAGCAAUAUGUUCGUUCACAUAGAAUCCGUCAUCUUCCUCGAUGCGCGGCUGUCAUGCUCUGGGGGUGUUCUUCGGGCUUUUUGCGGGAGAUGGGCAACUUUGAUCGCGUUGGUGCCCCUUAUAAUUAUAUAAUUGCUGGAUGCCCGACGUUGGUUGCUAACCUAUGGGAUGUGACUGACAGAGACAUCGAUAAAUUCUCACAGUCAGUAUUUGAUAAGUUGCAUCUCACUAGAGACCACGUACAGGACUGGACUGUUGGGUCGAUGAUGGAUCCCGAGAGGACAUCUCUUGUUGCAGCCGUCGCUCAGUCAAGAGAUGUGUGCAAGUUGAAAUAUCUCACUGGAGCAGCGCCAGUGGUAUAUGGUAUCCCUUUUUAUCUGUGA